UUGCUAGCCGCCCGCCCUCUCUCCCCGGAUGACGAGAGGCUGGAUAACAUGGAGUCGAGCAAGAUGGCGCCUCCCAAGAACGCUCCGAGGGAUGCCCUGGUGAUGGCACAGAUCCUGAAAGAUAUGGGAAUCACAGAGUAUGAGCCAAGGGUUAUAAAUCAAAUGUUGGAAUUUGCUUUCCGAUAUGUCACUACAAUUCUGGAUGAUGCAAAAAUUUAUUCAAGUCAUGCUAAGAAACCUAACGUUGAUGCAGAUGAUGUGAGACUGGCAAUCCAGUGUCGUGCUGACCAAUCAUUUACCUCUCCUCCUCCAAGAGAUUUUUUACUGGAUAUUGCAAGACAGAAAAAUCAAACCCCAUUGCCACUGAUUAAGCCAUAUUCAGGACCUAGACUGCCACCUGAUAGAUAUUGCCUAACAGCUCCAAAUUACAGGCUGAAGUCCUUAAUGAAAAAGGGACCUAACCAAGGAAGACUCGUCCCUCGGCUAAAUGUUGGAGCUGUUAGUAGCAGACCUACUACUCCUACUGUAGCACCCCCACAAACAGUAUCUGCCCCAAAUAAAGUUCCAGCUCCAGUGUCAGUGACAAGCCAAAGAUUUGCAGUGCAGAUCCCAUCUUCUCAGUCUACAUCUGUCAAACCAGUUCCUUCAACAACUUCAGUUCAAAAUGUUCUGAUGAAUCCUUCAAUGAUUGGACCCAAAAAUAUUCUUAUUACCACCAACAUGGUUUCAUCACAGAACACAGCCAAUGAGUCAAACCCACUGAAGAGAAAACAUGAAGACGAUGAUGGCAAUGACACUAUGUAAGGAAUAAAGUGCAUUCUAAAUGCAUUUAAAAAGUGUAGUCAGUUUUGAGCCCAUAUGCUGGACCAGAACCUUCUAGGUCAUCUUCAGUUUUAUCUUAGAAAAAUGUAGUUGCAAUAAUUUUCACCUUAGUUAAAACUGCUAGGUUUCUUUAAUAUGAGUACAAGUGGUUUUUGUUUUUUAAUUAGGGUUCAAGUAUAGAAGUACUUGUUCAUAAAUAGUUUCAUUCAUACACUAUUCUAUAAUUCUAUUUUUGGAAGCCAUUCUGUGCCAUGUAUCACAAACAGCAAAAUUUAGGUUUCAGUUUCUACAGCCUGUCUAAUCUGCAUUUAAACAUGAUUUUCUUUCAUGAGGUAAAAUAGUCACUUUUUUGACCAAACCUUUCAGUUUAGGAAAUAUUUUUGUUGUUUCUUGGUCUUCUCAAACUUACCACCUUGACACCCUGGUCACAUUUUUGUACCCAUCUCCCAUAUACUUACUCCCCAUUGCACUUAAAUUUAGAAGGCCAUCACUGGAAAUUUAAAAAAAAACUAUUCCUUAUAAUACAGCUUAGUGUCACUGCACAUUUUAAAAACAUGAUCUACAUGCCUGGUGUUAUGUAACUUGACUUGAACCUGAAGGUUUGCAUUUGCUGUUUUACUCCAUAGCAGAGUAAUUGGGUUUACCCCUUGCCUAUUGUGCCUGUUGAGCUUACUCUCCUUUUGACGGGUAGUUUGGAGCCAGAGACAUUCAGUUAUAUAAGUUGGUGGCUCCACCAUAUUUUCCAUUUGUUAAUUUAACAGAGAUGCUAUAGCUUAAAAUCUGCCUUGAUAAUUAACUUACACUGGACCUAGACAAAACCACUGAACAGCAAGACUUUUCUUUGUACCACAUGCAUACAUGCUUUCACUACUGCUGGAACCCUCCUAUUGGUUUAAUCAGAUCAUUUUUCUAGCUUGUUGCUGAGGGUGUCACACAUGAGAUAGGAUCAAACGUGACAGUUGACUCUAAUAGUUCUUCUCCUGUAAAGCCAACAAGGGAAAAAAAAUGUGUCAAGUGACUCCAUUUAGGUGUACCCUGCAUGGGUUUACUAGUAAACAACUUCCUGUUUUCCAUUUAUAUUCAUAUAAAACCUAUAGUUUUAUUGAGAAAGAUUGCUAAGCUUUUGAGAAUAUAAAAAGAACUAUUUUGUUUGGCUUGUGUUCAGUUUCACAUACCCAACACAGGAAAACUUAAGCAGAAUUUUCUUGUCAUUGUUUAAAGUUUGUAGCCAAGGAUCCUCAAAAUUUACUCAUAAGUAUCUCAAAAUUUAAUCAUAAGUAUCAUCUUAGGAUGGUGUUUGACACAUGUGAGAAAGUCUAGUAACAAGGCAGAAUAUGUCUCAUCACAGCUUCAGGGUUUAUGGACAUUAGGGAAAGUUGAUAUAAAAGCUUAUAAAAACAGAUCUGAUCAAUAUCAUAGGAGGAAUGUGAGUUAUAUAGCAUGGAUGUCAUUACUUGAAUGUUCUCAGGGAGGCAGAAUAUCAGAAGGCCUAGGUUCUAGUCCUGGCUUCAUUUACCAACUCUGUGACCUUACUUCACCUCUGAGCCUUGUUCUCACUAGUAAUAGGAAAAUAACAACUAUCCUGCCUACCUCACAGGGAUGUUGUGAGGGUUUAACUGGUGUAUAUGAAAACUCUUUCAAAAUUGUAAAAGCUAUAUAAUUAUUGAUAUUAUUUGUUCCAAUAUUAUUAAUAAAAAUUUAAGCUUA